UAUGAUUGUAACGGAAAAACCAAUAGGCGAAAUGAGAGUUACUGAAAAACCAAAAAUUUCCCGUUACGUUCCUGAUCCAACAAUAUCCAGUCCAUUCGAAUUAACAAUAGAGGAAGCAGCUAAAUGCGACUUUGAAAAGGGCGGAAAGAAACGCUUCUGCUACUACAAAAUUCCCAAAAAGAAUGUUUACAAGGAUCAAAUUAAGGAAGGUUAUCAAAUUGUAGCAUCUUUUAAUGAAAGCAGUGCAGGGAAAUGGAAAAAAUAUCAUUUGAUGAUUCGUCAAAAUGUAAUUAAAAUCAAAUUCCAAAUUCGAACAUCUAUGGGAUACGUUCAACUAGAUGAUAUUAAUUAUAGGAACAGUUGUAGUCCAACUUCUAUGCUUGUUUGCGAAUUUGAUUCCCCCUUCAGAGAGUUAGGCCUUUGCUCUCUCAAAGCUGGAACGAUUUAUGGAGGAUACGUGUUUAAGAGAUCGCAUGGGCAUUGGAGUAUAACUAGAUCGAAAUACUACGAUACUGGUCCGGCUAAAGAUCAUACACUCAAUAGUUACGAAGGAGGCUUUGCUAUGGCGGAUGCAACUUCAGGAUUUCGUGGAAGUGUUACAUAUCUUAUAUCACCAAUCUUUACGCCCGUAGGGCAACAAGGCGGCUGUCUGUCUUUCUAUCUUUUUACUGAUAAUCAAGAAAAAAAGAUUCCAACAACCUUGACCUUAAUGGUCAGAAUAGGUCUAGACGCUGAAUUUAAAAAACUAUGGGGAACUAAAAGAAUUACUAUGAAAUGGGAAAAGCGUCAAAUAAGGAUAAACCCCGACACUAUUCAGAUUGUGGAUAAGAUGGAAAGCGUAUCGCCCAUAGACUACUCUUUAAAACGAAAUUGUGAAAAUUUAGAAAAGAAAACGAGAAAGAAUAAAUCGUACCAUAGAAUUAGUGACGAAAACAAGAAUAAACUUGAGGAAACUUUUGAAAAGUCACCGUUUCCAACGGCUAAAGUUAUGACUAGUUUAGCGGAUCAACUCGGAUUGAAGUAUAGUUGCGUUAGAGGUUGGUUCAAGAGAAGAAGAAGGUUUCUCAGACAAUUGACGACGAAUAAGCAAACUAAUAAAGAUAAGAAAUCUAAUAAGAAGACCUUGUCUAUUGAUGUUAUACCGAGUUUCAACGAAGUUCUUGAAAGCUUAGAACCUUUGAAUAAUAACGAUAUCCAUUUUACUACGCCUACUCAACCAGAAAUAAUGAACAACGUUAAUCUAACAGAAUCCUAUUAUCCGGAAAUUUAUCCGCCUUUCGAAGAUCAGUACUUUCAUCAACCUGUACAACAGCUGCAGCAACAACAGCCACAACAACAACAACAACAUUAUCAGCAAACAUCGAAUUCUUUUGAUAUUUCGCCUCGUUGUUGUCAUUGCUUCUGUCAUAACAAUAUAAAAUUUAUAGUCUCUAGAGGAAAUAAUCAUUAUUCUCACGUAUCGAUCGACGACUUGUCCUAUUCCGACGGUUAUUGCGCCAUCGGCACAACAAUUAGACCCAUUACCCCGCUUAAAACAACAGCUAAAACAAAUACAUUUCCAUCUAGGCCUAGUGAAACUACUAUGAAAACUACACCAACACCAACUACUACUAUUCGCAUUAUAUCGAAAUUCGACCAAUCUGACGAAUGGAGUGCUUGGAGUUCUUGUACAGCUACAUGUGGAACAGAUGUAUACAUUUAA